AUGACACCAACACCAACCGUCAGCCAGUCGAAACAAGAGAAUAAUAGAGGCGCGGAGGCAUGGGAGCUUCAAGACCGCAUCGUUAGAUCAUUGACUUGGAGGCCCAUCAGCAUACUGAAGGAUGGAGCGAUGCGGAUAUGCUUCUUCCAGGCCAAGAUUCAAAGUCAUAACAGUCAUCCAGACCCAUGGUUCACUAUGGAUCCAUCCCGCCUCUCGUGCUUCGCCACUGCAAUUGAAGAUAUCCAUCAGGUCAUGGGGGGGUCGAAGUCGCUGACGGACGUUUUGUUGGGAAUGCUACAUUCCCACUACUAUCAGUUGGGAAUCAGCCCCGCACCCGCAGACGCUCACUUAUUCUGCAGUGGCAGUUUUGGUGGAGCCGCAAUUGAAGCAAGGCAGGCCUGA